UUUUUUAAUCUAUGUAAAACCCUAAACCAACAAAACAAGAAGGUCUUGCCUUCUUCGGGUUGUCACCACUACACACCGUUUGCCUCUGAAACAAUGAUGGAAAUCCGAACGGCCAAAACGCACAAGGGCAAACGCGAACUCGAAAAGCGAGCUCCCAAACUUGUUGAGUCAGGGAAGAAGACGUUGAUUCUUCAUGGGACGAAGACUAGUGCAGUUUUAAACUCUGUAUUGACUCAGAUUUAUCACCUUAAGAAGGAUUGUGCGGUGAAGUAUAGUCGUAAGAAUGAAAAUAUUAAACCCUUUGAAGCUGGUGGUGAGACCUCUUUGGAGUUCUUCUCACUCAAAACAGAUUGCAGUCUUUUUCUGUAUGGAUCCCACUCAAAGAAGCGACCUGAUAACCUUGUUAUGGGGAGAACAUAUGAUCACCAUGUUUAUGAUCUGGUAGAAGUUGGGGUUGAAAAUUUUAGAACCAUGGAGUCAUUUACUUAUGAUAAGAAAGUAGCUCCAAAGGAAGGGUCAAAACCUUUUAUGGCUUUCAUUGGAGAAGGAUUUGAGACAGUGCAAGAACUAAAACAUUUGAAAGAAGUUUUACUCGAUCUUUUUCGCGGGGAGGUUGUGGAGAAUUUAAAUAUUGCUGGAGUGGACCGUGCAUAUGUAUGUACUGCCCUGUCUCCAACAAAGGUGUUUUUUACACACUGUGCAUUGCGGUUGAAAAAAUCAGGCACAGUUGUCCCGAGAAUGGAAUUGGUAGAAGUUGGCCCUUCGAUGGAUCUUGUUGUUCGCCGGCAUCGUCUUCCUAAUGAAAGUUUGAGGAAGGAAGCCAUGAGAACUUCAAGGGAUAAGCCAAAGAAAAAGGAGAAGAAUGUUAAAAAGGAUCCUAUAGACGGGAAGAUCGGAAAUGUUUACAUUCCAGAUCAGAAGAUUGGAGAAAUGUCUUUGCCCAAUAAAGCGAAAGGAGUGAAGAGGGAACGCCGAGAAGCCAAACGGAAACAUGGGAGUGAUGAGCAUGCAUCGAAAAAGAAGAAGGAAGAUUCUUAAAAUAUUAAAAUAUUAUAAAUGUCUUUCCUCUGCCUUAUGAUUAUGAAGUGAUCAAUUGUAGGUCAAAUUAUACUAGGUUGUACGUUGUUUACAUGACAUGAAUAUUCUUAAUUUUCUCCUAUACGAGGGGUGAAUUUUGUCACAUUUAAUUGUAAGCAUAUUUCUGUCCUUCAAAUUUUGCUUGAUUUAGAUGGCCUUUAUCCCCAAGUUGAAUCA